CCGGAAGCAUGUGCACGAUUUACAAUUUCUGUAGCAGACGGAAAAUGCUUGAAUGUAGAAAUGACUGAACUACUACCAGAACUAGCCGAGUUCAGAGUGAAAAGGGCUGCUCCAUCAAUCUAUUACAUUUCGGAGUUCAUCACCAAGGAAGAAGAAGAAUCCCUUCUUGCUAAUGUAUAUGCUGCACCAAAGCCUAAAUGGACACACCUGUCAAAUAGACGAUUACAGAAUUGGGGGGGCCUGCCUCACCCCAAGGGAAUGAUAGCAGAGGACAUUCCUAAGUGGCUGCUAACCCAGUGUGAGAAGAUCGGCAAGCUGGGGGUGUUUGAUGGGAAGAUGCCAAACCAUGUGUUGGUCAAUGAGUACCUGCCUGGACAGGGCAUCAUGCCCCACGAGGAUGGCCCCCUGUUCUACCCGACAGUGUCCACCAUUAGUCUGGGCUCUCAUACUCUGCUAGACUUCUACCACCACCUGAAGGACGUCCCUGACGAGGGAGAUGGGGAAGAAACACAGACAUCUCUCUGCUUCAAGGACCGGUACUUUCAGUCGAUGUUGCUGGAGCCUCGCAGUCUUGUCCUGGUCAUGGGGGACAUGUACAAAGUUCAUCUACACGGCAUCGCGGAGACAACAGUCGACUCCAUCACAGACCAUGUGGCCAACAUAGACAUGUGCUCAAUUGCCAAGUGUGGGGACACUUUACAAAGAGGCACUCGGGUCUCACUUACCAUCAGAGUUGUGCCCAAAAUACUUAAGUCAAAACUGUUUUUUGGAAAGAAAUAACAAGAUGGUUUUAUGUGUAUGGAUGAAUGUCUGAUUUGUAAAUAACUAUGUUGUAUCGCGACAAAUA